AUGGAAAAAACGGAACAAAUAUAUAGCCAGAGAAGACGUUUAUUUAAUCUUUCUUUAAAGAAAAACAAUGCGCAAAGGAAGAUAGUGAAUAAUAGGGAGGGUUCUAAUGCUGUUAAUACUUCUAAUGUUAUUGUUCUUGACGAAUCGUUUGAAAGAUUGCGCUCGGACUUUCCAAAACCACGUCUUUCUCCACACAAGAUAUAUUCCCCUAUUGUGAUUGAUGAUUCUUAUGAAUAUAGUGAAGAAGAAUUGCAAGAAAAUGAUAGGAACAAGCUUCCUAGCAAGUCGGGAAAUGUUUCAUUAAAUUUGUCUUCAUCCUCGACUAGACAGAAUAGGUUACCGAGUGCUCAAGGCUGGUCUCCCGCCCAAGAUAUAUUCAGUACAACACCUACGAGAGAACCGGAACCCUCGACACCAACUGAUGUUUUAAAUAAGUCACAAGAACAUUGUUCUUUAGACAGAAUACAGAAAUCUCAUCAUAAACUUUUAAGAGACUUAUAUGGUGAUAUAUGGAAAGAUGCUGCUAAAUUCAUGAUACCAUUAACUGGAAGAAAGUUAAUAUAUGAUGAUGAAGAUGAAAAAGAAAAUAUCACAUCUGAGAUAGAAAAGAAUAGGGUAUUAUACUUAACAGACUCUGAAAGAAAAAAGAUUAAGAGCACAGCCCUCUUAGAGAUAGAUGAAAAGAAAUCAAAAAAGAAAUUAUACACGGAGAAAGUACCAAGUACUCCUGACGUGCCAAAGCCUAAGCCAAAUAAGUUACGGGAAGUACAAACCACAUUAAAGAAAAAGCUUACCAAGGGAAUUACUGGUACCGAAGUGGUCCAAAUAAUGAAUGGAGGAUCAGUCGAUAGAUUGAAGGACGUUAACAGAAAUGAAUUGGACACUGGUUCAAAUAAAGUGUUAAACAAAGUCUUGGGUCCUACAAACACAAAUACUAGAAGCAAUUUGACAGAAAAGACUCAAAAAGUAAACACUCAAAAGGGUAAAGAUUUGACAAAGAAAAUAAAGACUGCUACUUUAAAAACUAAAGAUCAUCAUGUUGAAAAUGUGACAAGAAAGCUCAACAACUUAGAUGUAUGUCAUACACCAGAAACUAAAAGACUAAGCUUUAUGGCAUCUUUAGCUGACAAUGUCCCUCAUUGGCGGUGUCAUCCAGAAGUGCUUCAAUACCACGACAGGUAUAAGUCACUCCGUGAACAGCUAGCCCAGAGAAUGUUCAAAGAGUUCAAUCAAAAUGUAUUUGGAGACAAAUUAGACCAGGAUAUGCCCAUCACUUGGGAUACGAAACUUAGGAGUACUGCCGGUACAACAACCAAUCGUCUAAUAAAGAAGUCAAGCGGGCAACAGUUGCGAGUCUCCAGUAUCAAGCUGUCCUGCAAAGUGCUGGACACGCCGCAGAGGGCGCGCGACACGCUCAUCCACGAGCUGUGCCAUGCUGCCACCUGGCAGAUAGACGGCGAACUGCGAGCUGGACACGGCCCGCUGUGGGUGAAGUGGUGCAAGAUGGCCCUCCGCGUCUUUCCGGAGUUAGGAGAGAUAUCCCGCUGCCAUGACCUUGAAAUUCACUUCAAAUAUUGUUACAAAUGCACACAAUGUGGAUACAGUGUGAAAAGGCAUUCGAAGUCCAUUGACAUCACGGCGAAACUGUGCGGAUACUGCCGUGGCAGGUUUGAGAUCAUCGUGAACAAGAAAGACAAGAACGGAGUCGUGGUGUCGACUCCGGCUCGCACCGGAAACAUGAACGAGUUUGCGCUUUACGUGAAAGAGAACUACAGCACGGUCAAGGCCGGACGGACGCACGCGCAGGUUAUGAAGAUACUGGGAGAACAAUUCUCUGCUAAGAAGAAACCUAAGCACGACUAA